AUGAUGAAAAUUACAGGCCUCUCUCAUCUUUUUAAUUGGGAGAACUUGCACAAUUGGUGGCUGACUAAAUACUUUUUGCCCCACUGUAUACGGUAUAUCUCCUCCUUCCAUGUAAUGAUUGACAGAUCCUAGUGAAGGAGCAGAUCAGUCUCUGUGUCUGUGUCUCUGCUGAGUCACUGCAAGCUGGAAGGAGCACUAGGCUAGCGGAGCAGACGACAGCAGAGCACCAUGACCUACCGGAUGUUUGAGGAGAAACACCAUGCCUCCAUCUACCAGAGGUACCGCUUUGUACCCCCAGAGGAGAUCAGAGACAUCAUCCUGCAUUACCUGGAAAGGAAGAAAGUCCAGCCUCAUGCCCUAGCUGUGGACCUGGGCUGUGGGACAGGGCAGAACUCACGCCUGAUGGCCCCACACUUCCAGGAAGUGGUGGGCAUCGACAUCAGCGAGUGCCAACUGGAGGAGGCCAGGGCAGUGACAGGGUUCAACAACAUCACCUACAGGAAAGGGACAGCUGAGGAGCUGCCGUUUCCGGAUGCUUCUGUGGACCUACUGACUGCAGCCUCAGCGGCCCAUUGGUUUGACCAGCAGCGGUUCCUCUUGGAGGCAGGCCGGGUCCUGAAGCCUUGUGGCUGCAUGGCUCUGCUUGGCUUUGCUGAUAACUUCAGACUCCAUUACGGCUCAUGUGGGGACAGACUCACUGACAUCUGUGAUGAGUUCAAGAAGGUGCUGUUACCAUACACCAGCACACGGGUAGCAUUGGCCAACAUCAAACUACAGGAGCUUUACACUGCUAUCCCCUUCCCUGACAAAAAGAGGGUUGAGUGUAUCCCACUGAAGCAGCAGAUCUCAGUGAGGAACAUAGUGGGCUUCAUGGAGUCCUUCUCCAUGUACCAGGCCUUACAGAGGGCCGAGCCUGAUGCUGCCACCGCACUGCUGCAGAGAACACUUGACAGGUUUCUGAAGGAGAUGGGAGUCACAUCACCAGACACACUCAUGGAAGUGACGCUGGAGUAUUUCUGUGUCCUGGCGUGUAAACCAGAGUGAACACUCUUUACAGUGUGAAUGUGUUUGUGUGUAGACAGAUGUUUCUUAAGCUUGUGUCAAUCAUGUUUAAGCUGUUGUUAAGUAGUAUUCUGUUCACAUAAGAUGUCAUUGAAGUCCCUUUGGUUGUCUCUUUUAUGCAUUGUAAUGUAGAGCAAACUAUUAGCCUUAGUCACAUCAUUAUCUUCCUUGCCUGAGAUUGACAAUAAAAUGUCUGCAGACACAAUCAUAA